GCCCGCGCGCCGGGGAUGAAGAAGCACGGCGCGGGAACCGGCGCGAGCCUGCAGGGCGGCGGCGGCGGAGGUUCCUCGAUUUGUGAUCUCCCUGAAGGCACCAUGAGCUGCAUCAACCUGCCCACCGUGCUGCCCGGCUCCCCCAGCAAGACCCGGGGGCAGAUCCAGGUGAUUCUCGGACCCAUGUUCUCAGGAAAAAGUACUGAGCUGAUGAGACGCGUCCGUCGCUUCCAGAUUGCCCAGUACAAGUGCCUGGUGAUCAAAUAUGCCAAAGACACGCGUUACAGCAGCAACUUCUCCACGCAUGACCGGAACACCAUGGAGGCCCUGCCAGCCUGUGUGCUCCGGGACGUGGCCCAGGAGGCCCUGGGCGUGGCUGUUAUAGGCAUCGACGAAGGGCAGUUUUUCCCCGACAUCGUGGAGUUCAGCGAGACCAUGGCCAAUGCCGGGAAGACCGUCAUUGUGGCUGCACUGGAUGGGACCUUCCAGAGGAAGGCGUUCGGGACCAUCCUGAACCUGGUGCCCCUGGCCGAGAGUGUGGUGAAGCUGACGGCGGUGUGCAUGGAGUGCUUCCGAGAGGCCGCCUACACCAAGAGGCUGGGCGUGGAGAAAGAGGUCGAGGUGAUCGGAGGAGCAGACAAGUACCACUCCGUGUGCCGCCUCUGCUACUUCAAGAAGGCUUCGGUUCAGCCUGCCGGGCUGGACAGCAAAGAGAACAAAGAGAACUACCCGGUGCUGGGAAAGCCCGGGGAGGCCCCGGGAGCCAGGAAGCUAUUUGCUCCUCACCAGAUCCUGCAGUGCAGCCCGGCCAACUGA